GUGUCAUGUGAUCGAGCAGGAAGUGGCGGCGGCUGAGCGCUCUGUGCGCGCGCGUGAGGGGCGAGCGGCCAGAGGCUGGGGCCGGCGAGGAAAGGGAUGUAUGAAGAGAAAAGCAACAGCUGUCAGACAACGACACCUCUGAGAGGCUGAAGGUGCGAGAGGUGGGCUAGGAAGGCCCAGGGUCCCGAGUUCAAAUUUCACCGCAGCUGCAGGAUAAUAAUAAUUAUUAUUAAUAAUAAUAAUAAUAAUAAUAAUAAUAAUUUUAUUAUUUAUACCCGGCCCAUGUGGCCGGGUUGCCCCAGCCACUCUGGGACGCUUCCAACACAUAUAAAAACAUAAUAAUCAUUCCGGGAAGGGAAGCUGUGAUUUCCUGUAGCCUCAAGGUGCCUGUUGAGGCUGCCGGCUUGUCUUCUGUGCCUUUAACAGCAGCUACAUAUACAGAAAUGUAACAGGUGAAGAUUUUCCUCAAUUGAAGAUAAAGCUAUGCCAGAAACUAUGUGUUGGGCUGCUUAUAAAGCGCCUACCCAACAAACUCUUUGCAAUAAGUUGAUAAUAAUACUAAUCCAUGUUAGAAGGUUGUACGGAUAACGGAGAUAGGGUAUCUAAAGCUCUUUCAACACUUGACCUGUGCUAUAUAAAGGAUAAUUACUUAUUAUUCUAUUACACAUACCUGCACAAGAUUGGCCAAUUUGUUCAUUUCAGUCAGUUUAUGAAACAAUCGGUCUGAUGUUGCAGUUUUGAUUUCAGCUAGUUUUCAGGAGGAAAGACACAACUGUGUGCAAGAGGGAGAAAUGGAGAACAAUAGUGUGAAUUUGGAGGAUGUGGAGUUAUAUUUGUUAAAAUAAUGUGUUGAGUUUCCCUUUCUUCCUAUGCAAAAUGCAAUGGGGUAUAACUUAGUUCCCUAGACCUUACUUGGCAGGUAUUAUCAAAUAAUGUUCUUUAGGAUCCCUGUCCAUCCAACCCCUGGCUGUCAGCAGCAGGGCUUCAUGCAGCGGCAUAGCUGAUGCCGCUUCCAGAGCCCUGCACUCUUGCUAGCCAGGGCAGAAGGUAGGAGGAGCAAAGAAAAAUACCCUUUUUGCUACACCAGCUCCUAUGUUUUUAUUGUCCGAUUUUGUUUAUUUGCAGAUGAUUUACAAAUGCUUAGAUGGGCUGUUGUGUGUGUUUGUAUUGUUGAUUUUGUUCAUCACUUACGAAAAUGCCAAAAUAAAACAUUACUUACAUAGAAGAAGGUAAAAUUCUAAACUUUUCAUACUCUUUAAAUAUUAUUGCAUAAUUUGGAGCUCUUGUCUCAAAAUGCUUCAGAUGCCAUAAGCCUUUCAGCUUAUUCAGCUGAGACAAGGGAAGUUUCUUAAUAAACCUUCUACAUGAUGGAGAGCGGAUAGGUAGGAGUUACUCUCCUCUUGUAAGACCGGAACUCUGACAUAUCCAGUGAAGCCGAACGUUGGAAGAUUCAGGACUGGCCAAAAAAAAAAAAAAAGCAUUUGUUUUCAUAGAGCACAUAGUUAAACUAUUAAAUUGAUUCCCAGAAGAUAGGGUGAUGCCACCAACAUGGAUAGCUUUGAAAGAGGUUUAGACAAAUUCAUGGAGAAUAAGGCUAAUAAUGACUACUAGAUACAAUGGCUAUCUUCUGCCUCUGCUCUCAAAGGCAGUAUGCCUCGGAGUACCAGUUCCUGGGAAUCACAAGUGGAAAAAGUGCUGUUACACUCAGGUCUUGCUUGGGGCUUCCCACUGUGAGGAAAGGCUCUUCUUACGUUCUUAGGAUCUUAGUUUAAAAUGUUUGUGACAUUCAGUUCUGCAGGUGCUUUAAUGGUUUUAUUUGGAAUAGCAAUGCAAGAAGAUUAGAUUAGGGCCUCCAGAAUAUUGUUCAAGCAUGUACAGAAAAAACACAAUUUCAUGCAGGUUACGUAAAGCAAAGCACUAAUAGCCUAUUGGGUGUUGUCAUGUUCACUAGUAAUAAAACAGAUGCUGCUGUUUUUCUGAAAGGAUGUACUUGAUAAGUUUUUGCUUUGCUGUUCAAAGGGCACUGAUGACAAGGCAGUGGAAUGGAGUCCAGGUGCUGUAGUCAGCCUGCCCGGUGGGCCAAGCCAGCCAUGUAUACAUUCCUUCUAGGAGGUACCUUUGUUACCUUGGGAUCAAGUCGUAUCCUUCUAAUGAAAUACUCUGCCAAUGAAGGUAUGCUUGAAUAUUUAAUUCUAUAUGGAUAACAACAUGAUUGAUCAGCAUGCUAUCUGUCUUCAUGCUCUCUACUAGCAUGAGGCUACAAUAUUAUCAGGGAAUGUAAAUAGUCCUAAUUUUUUAAUCAGAAUUACCUGGCAAUCUGUUUUCUUUCUUCAGAGCCAUGAAGAUCAGUUGUAAUAAGCCCUCUGUGUAGUCAGAUAACUUUUCUGUGAUAUCAAGCAGAACUACCAGCAUUUCUUUUAUGUCACUUGAUAUAUUUACCUGCUCCUUGUGAGGAAAAGGGUAAAAGAGCAUGAGAUGCAUGAUAAUGGUGAUUUGGGGGAGGCAGGACAAUGUGUAGACUACAGAAGCCUUACCCCUUGAACCUCAAAGCCCUUUUUUAAAUCUACCAAGCUUUCUAACAGCAACAACAUGAAUAUUUUCAUGCAUUCUUCACAGCUGUAUGGCAUGAAAACUUAGUUGUUGCAUAAAAAUGAAGGCAGCAGUUGCUGGUAUUCCAAAUCCUACAUCUGCAUCUGUGUUGAAGAUACAUGCACACACAGGCCACCUGUUGCUAGUUUUUUCGGUGUAGAUAUUUGUAACAUACUGUAUACCCUCUGUUUUCUCAGAUAACCAGUAUGAUUAUCUUCCUGCAACUGUGAAUGUGUGCUCGGAAUUAGUUAAGCUGGUGCUCUGUCUGGUAAUGGCACUCUGGGUCACCAGGAAAGGUAAGCUGUUACGGUCGGGUUCUUACACAAUAUUUAGCUACAAGAAUGUCCUCCCUAGUUGCUUGCUAUGUAUCAGUGGAAUUUAGGCAGCUAUAAGAUGAAUCUGUCUUGCAUUGUCUGUACUCACAAAAUAUGGGAUCUGUGAGGAUGCAGUGUUGCUCUGCUGAAAAGUACUGUUUUGGGAAGUGCUCCAGCUCAGUGGUGUGGGGUGCAUGCAUGCAGAUGGUUCUGUGUUCAGUCCCUGGCAUCUCCAGGUAGGACUGGGAAUGCCUGCUGUAUAAAACCAUGGAGUGGCAUAGCUAGUCAGUGUGAACAAUAAUGAGCUUGAUGAACCAAUGGUUUGACUUUGUAUAAGGCCGCUCUCUUGCCAUUAGUAGCUAGUCACAUGCUGCCUUUGAACUUAGGAGUUCUAUAAAGUCAUUGAUAAACCUAUUCUUCAUGAAUUUUACUAAUUCCCUUUUAAAGCUGUGUAGCAUUCAAAGCUAUUACUUGCCUUGUGGGCCGAAUUCAUGUUUCAUCACAUGAUAAAAGUGCAUACAUCGUGACUUUUCAUGUGGAGUCAUUUUUGGGUGGAGGUUUGUUUGAAAUAGUGCUUUGAAAAACUUGACGAUUGCCACAACAGAGAGAACACUUGCAAAGUAGCCUUUUCCCUGAGGCAAGCUAUUUCACACAAAUGACUCAAAAUACUGAAUAUAUGUGGUAAAGUUCCCAUUUAAAUGCCUUUAACACAUUAGGAAAUCAGUCUUAGCAAGAAGAUCAAGAACCCAGUGACUGGAGAUUGAAUUUCAAAGAACAUGACUGCAAGCAUUUAGUCAAAACAUCUUUUCAGGAAAGCAUGGUAUAGUUUCAUAUUUGAGCCUGCCCAAGAGAUUCCCAAACUGUGAAUUUAUUUAUUCAAGGAUUGUGCCUCUUUAAACCCAAGAAUAAGGGCAAAAGCUGGAGUGGGGGGCUUGUUCCCCUCUAGACACUGUAGACACAAAGUCAGAAAAGCUAAAGCACAGAAUGAACUCAGGCUUGCUAGAGAGGUUAAAAGCAACAAAAAAGGCUUUUAUGGGUAUGUCCGUAGCAAAAGGAAGAACAAAGAAACAGUGGGGUCACUCAGAGGAGAAGAAGGUGAAAUGCAAACAGGGGACACAGAAAGGGCUGAACUCCUCAAUGCCUUCUUUGCCUCAGUCUUCUCCGAUAAAGAAAACAAUGCCCGACCUGAAGAAUUUGGAGCAAAUGAUUCAGCAAAGGAAACACAGCCCAGAAUAACUAAGGAGAUAGUACAAGAAUACUUGGCUAGUUUAGAUGUAUUCAAGUCUCCAGGGCCAGAUGAACUGCAUCCAAGAGUAUUAAAAGAACUGGCAGGUGUGAUCUCAGAACCACUGGCAGUCAUCUUUGAGAAUUCCUGGAGAACAGGCGAAGUCCCGGCAGACUGGAGGAGGGCAAAUGUUGUCCCUAUUUUCAAAAAGGGGAAAAGAGAGGACCCAAAUAAUUACCGCCCAGUCAGUCUGACAUCAAUACCAGGGAAGAUUCUGGAGCAGAUCAUUAAGCAAACAGUCUGUGAGCACCUAGAAAGGAAUGCUGUGAUCACCAAUAGUCAGCAUGGAUUUCUGAAAAAUAAGUCAUGUCAGACUAACCUGAUCUCGUUUUUGACAGAAUUACAAGCCUGGUAGAUGAAGGGAACGCAGUGGAUGUAGCCUACCUUGAUUUCAGCAAGGCAUUUGACAAGGUGCCUCAUGAUAUUCUUGUAAAGAAGCUGGUAAAAUGUGGUCUUGACUAUGCUACCACUCAGUGGAUUUGUAACUGGCUGACUGACCGUACCCAAAGGGUGCUCAUCAAUGGUUCCUCUUCAUCCUGGAGAAGAGUGACUAGUGGGGUGCCACAGGGUUCUGUCUUGGGCCCGGUCUUAUUCAACAUUUUUAUCAACGACUUGGAUGAUGGACUCAAGGGCAUCCUGAUCAAAUUUGCAGAUGACACCAAAUUGGGAGGGGUGGCUAACACCCCAGAGGACAGGAUCACACUUCAAAAUGACCUUGACAGAUUAGAGAACUGGGCCAAAACAAACAAGAUGAAUUUUAACAGGGAGAAAUGUAAAGUAUUGCACUUGGGCAAAAAAAUGAGAGGCACAAAUACAAGAUGGGUGACACCUGGCUUGAGAGCAGUACAUGUGAAAAGGAUCUAGGAGUCUUGGUUGACCACAAACUUGACAUGAGCCAACAGUGUGACGUGGCAGCUAAAAAGCCAAUGCAAUUCUGGGCUGCAUCAAUAGGAGUAUAGCAUCUAGAUCAAGGGAAGUAAUAGUGCCACUGUAUUCUGCUCUGGUCAGACCUCACCUGGAGUACUGUGUCCAGUUCUGGGCACCACAGUUCAAGAAGGACACUGACAAACUGGAACGUGUCCAGAGGAGGGCAACCAAAAUGGUCAAAGGCCUGGAAACGAUGCCUUAUGAGGAACGGCUAAGAGAGCUGGGCAUGUUUAGCCUGGAGAAGAGGAGGUUAAGGGGUGAUAUGAUAGCCAUGUUCAAAUAUAUAAAAGGAUGUCACAUAGAGGAGGGAGAAAGGUUGUUUUCUGCUGCUCCAGAGAAGCGGACACGGAGCAAUGGAUCCAAACUACAAGAAAGAAGAUUCCACCUAAACAUUAGGAAGAACUUCCUGACAGUAAGAGCUGUUCGACAGUGGAAUUUGCUGCCAAGGAGUGUGGUGGAGUCUCCUUCUUUGGAGGUCUUUAAGCAGAGGCUUGACAACCAUAUGUCAGGAGUGCUCUGAUGGUGUUUCCUGCUUGGCAGGGGGUUGGACUCGAUGGCCCUGGUGGUCUCUUCCAACUCUAUGAUUCUAUGAUUCUAUGAUUGUCAGACUCCAGCUCCCAUUAGCCUGAGCCAGCGUGGCCAAUGGUAAGGGAUGAUGGGACUUGUAGUCCAGCAAAGUUUGGUGGGCUGCAGGUUAGCCACCCUUGUGUAGAUAUGAAGCAAAUUAAGAGUGUUUAACUGAUCCCCCCCCCUUUCUUCCCUAUUUACUCCUUUUUUAGGAGGUUAUUCUCAUAGUGGAUUUGGCUGUAGCUCAUGGAGGCAAUUGAAUAGCUACAUUAAGUGGUCAAUUCCCGCCUUCCUCUAUUUUCUGGAUAACCUGAUUGUCUUCUAUGUCUUGUCCUAUCUCCAGCCAGUAAGUCACACUUUAGAAAUUCAAUGUGCACUUUAUGCUCAAGGUUUUUGUAAACAGAGAAUGUGUCCCAUACUAUACUUACUAUUAACUUGAACCAAGUUAUGGUCAAGUCAACGAGACUGCAGGGAACCUCUUUUUUUCACUUUUUAACCUGUUGAGAUGAACUAACAAUAUCUCAGUAGCUGAACUGGAUGCUUAGGGUAGGCUCUGCCAGAGCUAUAGUACAGGAGGGGAUGGAUAAGGAAAUGUGUUUUUCACUUGGUUUAACAAAAACUUGUAUGCAAGAUCUAAUAGCUAGUAAUUAAUCUUAAGGGAAUUGACACCAGUCUUAUCUGGAGUAUUGUGCCUAGCUAUGACCCAGUGCAACAGGGCAGGUUCAGAGGGUAUGUAUAGCCUAGGUUUGUUUUUAUUUUUAAAUGGGGACAGUAGCAUGUCUCUCAAACCUACAAGUUCAAGGAUGGGCUAUCUUCCCCAUUUAAUUGAGCCAUGGUGAAAAAAUUCCAUAUGAUAUUAGUCAUAAGGAAAAGAGCUGUGUUCUAGAAAGGUAAGAAAUAAGAGUGGUUCAAACAUAACAGUGGUUCAUUGGGUUGGAAAUAAGCAUCAUGCUAACACAUUUCCCCAAAAAACCUGGAUCUCCAGCUGUUGUUGGACUACAACUUUCAUCAUCCCUAGCUAGCAGGAACAGUGGUCAAGGAUGAUGGGAGUUGUAGUCCAACAAUAGCUGGAGACCUAAGUUUGAGAAACACUGUGCUAACCCCUUCUAAAGAGCCAUACUUGUACCGUAGAAAGCACUCUAUAAAUAUUCAAAAUGAAACAACAUGAAACCAUAGUUUUCAGUCUCAGAUGCAAGAGGAAAUUAUGGUUUCAAAUAACCAUGAUGCAAGAAGAUAGUGAAAGGAGGUGGGGAAGCACAUAGGCACAAACAUCACACUUCUUCUUAUGUUAUGCCUUUUUUGUCAAUUGUCUAAUCUUUUAACAUUAUAAACCGCCCUGGGGUCAUAAGACAAAGAACAGGAUAAAAAGUUUUUCAGAACAAGUUCUCAGCUGUUCUUAAGUCAGGUGAGGUUUUUAGACGUUCUUUUUGCCGUUGCAGACUAAGAAGCAUCAGCUAUGAUAUCAAGAUUAGUGCAGACCUUCCUGAUAAAAGGGCAUUACAGACUGAUUAUCCCAUUGCUAGGUUGCAUUUGGCAUGUAACUUUGCUCCUCAACUUCUUUUUCUCUAGGCCAUGGCUGUGCUUUUCUCAAAUUUUGUCAUUAUAACAACUGCUCUCCUGUUCAGAAUUGUGCUGAAGUAAGUAGCAGUGGAAGCAUGUUUUCAUUAGUCAAUAUUUUUCUUUCUUUCUAGUGUUGGUAUUAGAAUUCACCAAGAUCUCUUUAAAUCAGUUAUAAACAAGAAUAUAAAGGUGUUUGAAAUUUAAAGCAAGCCAAAAUAAAUUCAGAUAUGUAUUAAGUCUUUAUGUGUUAAUGAGCAUGCUAUUGACGCUGCCUGAGCUUGGUUCUUUUUCUUUGUUGGUUGUUCAUAACAAAACACACGUGCUUUGGUCCCAAUGAAUGAGACAGAAUUUCAUUUGAGUAAACUUGCUUAGGACUGGACUUUCAAUAAGCCUAUGCAGCAGGUACAAAUUCCGUCACCAGCAUUACAGAUUAAUUUGAAGCCAAGCACCGAUAAGCCUCCUGUCCUAUGUAUUUAGUUUCCUUCAGGAUUUCUGUAAGAGCUAGUCCUCAGUGUUUCAGAUGGCCCUUGUGCAUUUAGAGUCCCCAAAAUGAUGGCUUUAGUAGUCUUGUCAGGAUAUUCUAGCUGAGCCAUAUUCUACAUAGGGAUGGAUUCUCUGAUAUCCUUAUGUCCACCUUCAACAGUUUCAACAAAUACAAAAUAAUUCAAUCUUUAUACAGUGGUACCUGUAUAAUAGGUUACAUACGCUUCAGGUUACAUACGCUUCAGGUUACAGACUCCGCUAACCCAGAAUAGUACCUCGGGUUAAGAACUUUGCUUCAGGAUGAGAACAGAAAUCGUGCUCCGGCGGCACAGCGGCAGCAGGAAGCCCCAUUAGCUAAAGUGGUGCUUCAGGUUAAGAACAGUUUCAGGUUAAGAAUGGACCUCUGGAACGAAUUAAGUACUUAACCCGAGGUACCACUGUAUUAGGUGAGAGAGAUGGAUGUUCUAAACUGCUGAUUGAAAUCCUGGUCCUUGAGUACAGCAUACCUGCAGUUUUCUGUCUCCUGGUUUAUGUGUUGUAGCACUGAAAAUGUUACUUUUGGGGAGCUGAGAAGAGAUUGUGUCUGUGCAGCUACCUCGGCAAAGAAGACAGGCAGCAUAUUUCUACCCAUGACUUGUGCUGUUUGGGAUUGACUUGCUGGAUGGCUUCGCACCUGUCCGUGUACACUGAGUCUUCUUUUUUUGUCUACACACAGGCGGCAACUCUCCUGGGUGCAGUGGGCAUCCCUGCUGAUUUUGUUCCUGUCUAUUGUCGCCCUCACGGCUGGGACAGGAAGCCACAAGCAUAGCUUGGCCAUGCAUGGGUUCCAUCACGACAUCUAUUUCAGCCACUCUAACAGCUGCCUGCAGUAUGCCAGCCUGGAGGAAGAGUGCUCAGGAAGAGAGAACUGCACGAGAACGUGGCUUUUCCCCAGCUUAAGCUGGAACAUCACUGCUGCCACUGGAGCCCUGAGAACCAUUCCCCUUGGGCUAGGGCACCUGCUCAUACUGGUGCAGUGCUUCAUCUCUGCCCUGGCCAACAUUUACAAUGAAAAGAUAUUGAAAGAAGGAGGCCAGUUCAGUGAAAACAUCUUUGUACAGAACACCAAGCUGUACCUCUUCGGAGCCAUGUUCAACGCCCUGAUUCUGAGCUUGCGCCCUGAAAACAGGCGCCGGAUAGAACACUGUGGGUUCUUCUAUGGGCACAAUGCGUUCUCUGUCGCCCUUAUUUUCGUCACUGCCUUCCUGGGGCUCUCUGUGGCUUUCAUCUUGAAGUUCCGAGACAACAUGUUUCACGUCCUGUCUGCACAGGUCACCACCGUGAUCAUCACCACGGUGUCUGUCUUUGUUUUUGACUUCAAGCCUUCCCUGGAGUUCUUCCUGCAAGCUCCUGUGGUGCUCUUGUCCAUAUUCAUCUACCAUUCCAGCAGCCCUCGAUGUGUGGAAUACACCGCUCAGUGGGAGAGGAGCAAAGUCGGUGGAGGGCCCUGGGAGCGCUCCAAUGGGGUAAGGCUUGGGAAGGGGUUUGUUCUGAGUCCAUUGCGCGGGCCGGCUGACGCCAUCCCACCACCACUGCUGUUGCUUUGAUGUAAGAGUUUGGAUUUGAUAUCCCGCUUUAUCACUACCCUAGGGAGUCUCAAAGUGGCUAACAUUCUCCUUUCCCUUCCUCCCCCACAACAAACACUCUGUGAGGUGAGUGGGGCUGAGAAACUUCAAAGAAGUGUGACUAGCCCAAGGUCACCCAGCAGCUGCAUGUGGAGGAGCGGAGAUGCAAACCCAGUUCACCAGAUUACGAGUCUCACUUUUAACCACUACACCACACUGGCUCUGAGGUUUAGGCUUUAGUGGUUUAGCUGCAGGUCUACCCCUUUGCAAAUGAGUGGCUCUGCUUCACUUGCUUACGGUGCUGCAAACCCAUGCUUUUGUGAGGCACCUGAUGUCAUUGUAGACAUUUCCCAGCCACCCAAGAAUGUUGGCUUGGUGUCAUUGUAAUAGACAUCUGUAGAGCUGAGAAAUGACAAAAUGUGCUGGCAGCAAGCCGGCAACCUGACCCAAACUUAACUGCGCUUACGACUAUUGAUUUCAGUGGGCUUAAUGCUGUGUUGAAUUAUAGCCGCUUCUUUGUGCAAGUGGGCACCAGAGGGCGCUGUUGACAGUUAAAGCUGCUCUUGGGUAACAUUUGUGCACACUUGAAUGAAUGCUUUAUAGUGAUAACUUGGAAGACCUAUAGGAAGAGGGAGCUUUCACAUCUGCAUCUAUGAUCUUGGAUUUCUGCUGGGUUCAGUUCGCAGAUGCAGCUCCCCAAAACAUGUGCAGGUGAUUAAAUUUUUCCAUUAACAAAUCAUUUCAUGACUGUCAAGUCAGAGCUUGUCCUGCUCCUGCUAGAUGCAUCUGUGUGGUACCUUUGCAGAAUAAUAGGGAAUAUAGUUAAAUUUUAUUGUCCUGUUGCUGAACUCAAAUUCUGGAUAUAUCAGUGCAUGUUAAACUCAUCAGCAGUAGCCUAUAAAAAUAUUAUUCAAUUGAUACAAAAAGAGAGGAGUAAACAGUCUUACCUAUUAAUACAUAACAGAGCAAAAGUUUCAGCAGAGAUCUAAGAUAAGCGUAGUAGGACAUAUGGAAAAUAUGUAGGAUCUGUGCUCCAGGGUGCACUCAGAUGUGUUUCCCAGUGUAUUUAUUGAGGUAAGCAUGCAUAGAAUUGCAGCCUUAGCAUCCAAAAGAGAUUUAAAACCCAGCUGCUCGGUUUUAUCACUUUCACUUGAUUGUUUCAAAGUAACCAUUUGUUACAACUGACCUUGCAUGAUCUUCACUCCGAUUAUUUGCUCAGGAUGACAGUAAAGUUUUACUAUGCAACCUUCACAGGCAGCUGCUUGAGCUGCCACCUGCUGCCUGUUUCCAUUCAGCCUUCCUGCUUGCAGUUCAGCUCCUAAUUCUUAAUAAAUGGCUUGUAGCAACAAAUAUUUAUAGACCUUUUAGGCUCAUAAAGUGUUCUUAAUUCAUAGGCAUCCAUAUAAACUCAGAGCCAGCACCACAUAUUUGGAAGACUAGGCACCUGGGCUUCUUUGUGUCCUAGUCUGGUAUUUAUUUGUUUCAGCAUUUGAUCUGAUUCACCCUAGGGGGAUUAACUUUAAUGAACGGGUAGUUCAGAAAAUGAUUUUAUAGUGAAUUGGGAAAGAACAUGCUUCGAAAGAGACACACUAAAGCAUAGCUUUGGCACUAGCAAAGGGCCUUUACGCCAUAUAAUGCGAACAGGUGAAGGUGGGGGACACUGAUCAGCCCAAGAGCUACAGUCUGUCCUGGGCAACCUUCUGAAGGACCCAUACCUGGGGUGGGCAUGGCCAGAGGCACCAAGUGGGUGGAAAAACAGGUGUGGCUCUUGCCUUUUUACAGUAGGCUAUGCAGGUGGCGCUGUGGGUUAAACCACAGAGCCUAGGACUUGCCGAUCAGAAGGUCGGCAGUUCGAAUCCCUGCGACGAGGUGAGCUCCCGUUGCUCGGUCCCUGCUCCUGCCAAACUAGCAGUUCGAAAGCACCUCAAAGUGCAAGUAGAUAAAUAGGUACCGCUCUGGUGGGAAGGUAAACAGCGUUUCCGUGCACUGCUCUGAUUCGCCAGAAGCGGCUUAGUAAAUAAAGCCAAUAAAGUGAAAUGAACGCUGCAACCCCAGAGUCGGCCAUGGUCAGGGGUCCCUUUACCUUUACAAUGAAGCCAUGCAAAAGGCAGGGGUUUCUAGACCCACAUAUUUCCUUCUAGGCAAACAAGGCAUUAUCGCAGCUCAAGGACACAUUCCAGCCAGGCAAAAGCACUCAAGGAGAGUGCAGAGCCAGGCCAGGAAGAAGUGUGGCAUUGGGAGGAAUGUGACCUGGAGAGAGUCCCAAGGAGGCCUUGAAGGAUAGCAUUUGGCCCUCAGGCCCCAGGUUCUCCAGCCUCAACAUAGAUACAUAUGAGUCUGCUAACUCUGGAGUUCUCUCUCUUUCCCCCAGUCACCCACCCCUGAUUCCUGGCCAUAAGAAACCCCAGCUGAAAUGAAAAGAUCUUGCAGCAGUUUCAAAAUAUACCCAGGUCAAGUGAAGCCCAUGAUUGUGGGUCCUGUUACAAGAAUAUUCUAUAAAUUACUGUCACUUCACAAAGCUGAAAUAUUUAGUGCUUACUUCUUGUUUAUUAUCAGUUGAAAAUGUUAACCAAGCAUAGACUAAUGUUGCCUUUUCGCUCUCUUUCCCCUUUCUGUAGGAUGGAGAAGAACUCGAGAGACUUACGAAGCAAGACAGUGACCAUGAUUCGGAAGAAGAGGCCUUAUAGCCUGACUUUGGAUUUUUGAAGUACAGACAUUCUUAUUUAAGAAAAUGAAGUUUUACCCUGGGAGGUGGGGGGAGGUUCGGACCGUGACCAACAGGUGGAAGUUUCUUCUUUCUUAUCACUAAGGUGGGAUUUUAAUUUGUGUUUUCAUAAAGCUGUGCAAGGUAAUAGAUUAACUACUGUGAAGGGGUCUUGAAGAGGGAAGGGACCUAUUCAUAGAGGAUGAGGAUGAUGCUAUCUGUGGUUCUUAAUGAGGACUCCAGGAUCAAAUACAGGUGCCUCUGGAUACAUGUUGUUGGGGAUUAGGAGCCUUCGUGUCCUGCUCUUGGGCUUCUCAUAGUCAUCAGGUUGGCCAUGGUGCGUAGUGGGAUGCUGUGCUUUUGGUCUGAUCCAGCACAGCUGCUCUUAUGUACUUGACUUCUGUAGUUCACGAGAGUGAAGAAUUCCUGCAGAAAGAGCGGUCAGCAAUGGUUGCUAGUUCAGACUGCUUUGGAUGAAGAGACGUAGAACUGGAAGCAUCACUUGGAACUUUCUCACUUGGUUCUUUCACAUGAAUGUAAGAAAGCAUUAACGCUACUGAAGUUAACCGAGGUACCUUGGUUCAGAGCAAAUGUAAAUGAAGAAUCAAUAGAUGGAGCCAUGGAGGUUGUUCAUCUUACAGUAUUCUGGAGAUAAGAGCUGUCAAACUAUUCACAAUUGUAUGCACAAACAUCUAAGGAUUUACUCAUAUUUCAGGGGUAUUUGAAACAGUGUCAAAUGUGUCUUUACCACCAUGUGUGUAUGCUGUUGCCACGCAUGGUUCCUGACACACAUUUCUGUGAUUUGCACAGUUGAAGAAGUGCAUUUGUCAGACGCACAACUAUGCUUUUAGAUGUAUAUUUAAACUGUUUUACAGGAGCAGCUUUAAAGUAUUGGGCUGUCCACAGUGCUAGUCCUACCCAGAGUAGACCCACUGAAAUUACUGGACAUAAACUAGUCAUAGUCAUUAAUUCCAGUAGUUCUUCUCUUGGAUAGGAGUAGCAUUGGAUGCCACUGGUACCAUGUGAAGUGGAGCUCAGUGGUGGAUGCAGUUGCAAUAUAGUAAUCCAAAGCUUACAUAUUGAAGAACACUAUAUACCCUCCUGGUGUUUAUGGUGCUAUGUUUUACUCAUGAAUAUUAGGUAUCCUUAUACUUGAGCCUGAAAGUUGUUGUUGGGAUAUCGAAUGCUGCUUCUAAAGCAAAGGUGGGAAUGUUGUUGGGACUCACAACUCCCAUCUGUUCUACCCAAAAUUGCCAGUGGUAAAGUAAUGGUAGAGUUGCAGUCCAACAACAUUUGGAGGGCAAUAGGUUCCCCCACCCACACUGUGUGGGCUCACAAUGAUUUUCUCCCCUCCUUGUCACAAAACAAAAUUGUCAUCCCGCUGAUGGAUCCUUAGAACCCAAUGCACUUGUUCACAUUUUCAAAUGUGAUAAGUACUGAAUUAGGAGCACAGGGUAUGCACAAGUUCCUUUCAUCUGUGUGCAGCCCUUUUACACGAGCUGUGAAACAAACCAAGAAGCUGCACUUAAUUAUCGCUUCCCAUGACGAUUCCAUCUCCCUGACUAUCGUUAACGGCUUCCAAAUCAGCCAGGAUUCAAAAGCCAACUUUAAACUAUGGUUUCAUAUCCUGUCUUCUUUAGAAGUCACUAACCAUAUUUUCCUAGUUUGAAUGUAUCCGGAAGAUGAUAUAUUAACUGAAACUUCCUGGUUUGUUUCACAGCUCGUGUAAAAGGGCAGCACACAGAUGAAAGGAACUUGUGCCUGUACUGGCCUAUUCUUGCCACUUGAAAUGGCAGGCUGCAGUGCCUCUCCAUAUUUGAUUUUGGCAUAAGUGCCCACUCUGCCUUUUGUCCCUUAGUUUUAUCUCUUGUCCUCUUUAAUGCCUGUCUCUGUGUAAAAUACAACUUUUUUGUGUACUACAACUGUGUAAAAGUGCAGCACAGGGACAAAAAUAUGAGGGAUAAAAUAAAAAGUAACAAAGAACAAUGUUAUGGGCGUAGGCUUAGAACUUUUAACAAUGCCUUUUGUUAAGUAUGAUUCAAGGAAAUGCAUGUUUUGUAAUUUAAUUAGGGUUCAUUCAGGGAUGAGACUAUGUAUAAAGGAAAUAGUGUGAACAGAAAUGGGGCGAGGAGGUCAGGUGUUUCUGAUUUCUAUUCUCUUGUAUUUCUUUUUAGGGGGGGCUACAAUAUAAUUUCAAAAUCUUGGUAAUACUUGAACUGUCACAGCUUCAGUUUUACACCUCCAGCCCAAGUCCCUAUUUGCCAAAAAACAAAGAAACCCAGCAACAAAGCAGUGGGAUGGGAAGAAAUACAGGCCCUUAUCUUGCAGAAGUAGAUAAAUACUCCAGGAAGUGGUGAUCUGAUCACAUAAGCUGCUGCUUCUUAUUGCACAGAUAAUAACUCAUUUUUGUGUCUGUUGAUGGAAAGGUGCAGCUUCUGUGGGUUUCUCAAACUGUUUUAUGACACUCCUAGAACUCAAAAGUAUAUUGGAACAAGUCUAAAUGGAGCAUUCCUUUGAACCUGGCUUAUUUAUUUGAACAGAGUUUGAAAUAAGGAGCUAAUUGCUCCUAAGAGCAGCUUUGAAGCAGGUGUGGUUUAUGUGGACAGUGGUUUUGAUUGUGCUUUAGCUCCUCAUUUGCAUUUGUGAUAGCCUUGCUGGUAAGACAUCUGUUCCGUUGUUUGCUAGUAUAACAGAACAGGAGCUUCCUGGUGUACACUCUUUUGUUGUUGCUAUUCGAGUGCAUUCAUUAAGGAACUCUGCCUGAUUCCCUUAUAGUGCCUGGUGUUAACCAAAAUGUGGGACCUCUUUGUGGUGUUUUCAUUGUUUUACAGUCCACACGGCCAAAUAAACUACAACGUAAAUGGAUUUUGGAUUUUUGUGUGUGUGUGGGACGUGGGUGGCGAUGUGGUCUAAACCACAGAGCCUAGGGCUUGCCGAUCAGAAGGUUGGCUUAGUCAUGCUGGCCACAUGACCCGGAAGCUGUACGCUGGCUCCCUUGGCCAGUAAAGUGAGAUGAGUGCCGCAACCCCAGAGUCAUCCACGACUGGACCUAACGGUCAAAGGUACCUUUACCUUUAAGGCUAGAAGAUGCAUGAGGAAAGACGACGUUUAUGGAUGAUAAAGCAGAAAUCCAAAGCUUAUUUUUUACAAAGUGGCAAUAACACGAAUGGGUAUAUAUGCUGCCAGUAACUGCAUAUGAAUACAGACUGUUCUGUUAAUGCAGUUUUGUGAGCCACAUCAAAUUGCUCCACAAAUUGCAUGCAACUCACAAGUUGGGUAUCCACUUUAUCCCAGGUAUUAUUAAUACCUUGGAUACUCUGGAGUCUCCUGGGGCAAAAGAGGAGUAAAACCUGUGGUGACUUGCCCAAGCAAAUAAUGCCCUUAGUUGUCCCUUUAUUUCAAUCCAGGACACAGCCCGAAGAAAGCUAAAAUACUGAAAAACAGCUUAACCUGUAGACCAGCCCACAUUUUAUAACAGUCCCCUAUUAGCCAAGGAUCAUACAAUACAGGGAGAACAAAUAUUUCUCUAAGAAUACUAAUAUAGGACCAGAGGUUUCAUGGUAACCUUUCCUGUGCCCAAAUCUCCCCUGCAAAUCCCUGCAUGGCUAUUGUGUUAUAUGUGGGGUGGGAUAGAGUACUUUUGUUGCCAUGAUUGGAAAGAAACCAAGCUGCAGCAAAAAACUACCUAGGAUAAUUUUGGGGAGGUGCUGGAAGGCUUAAGUUUCUCCUGCCUUUCAGUCUGUCCCCUUCAGAUGUCCCCC